AUGGGUACCGAAGGGCGUUGGGAGCUCCUCAAUCUCAACCUUGAGGGCUUGCCCAAGCUUCUCGUCAAGUAUGUUAUUGGCGACGCUGGCUACUCUGUAUCUAUCACCGACCUUGCAAACAUAUGGAUUGAGACUCUAGCCAAUCGAGAUGUCAUACGCAAUGCUGAGGAUCAAGCUUGCAGCAUCAAUCCAGGCGAUGAUGUCGGCCAGUUACGCCUAUUACUUGAACAGAUACGCGAUGUUCUUCAUCACAAGAUUGGCACUACUGUUCACCUUGCCCUCCAGCCUCCUGACCUUCUGAAGCUUACACUAAGAGCUCCCUUGCCACCUCCUUUGCCUCCCUUCGAAUGGAUCAUGCUACUUAGCAAAGCCACUCAGAUUGAGGUGGUUUCUGAGGUCGUUUCACCCCUGCUUCUCCUUGCUCAUCAACAGCAAAAACAGCUCAGCUUUUUGCUCGCUCAACUCAAGGACAAGGACCACGCCAUGUCGAGAUUGCUUGACAAGAUGGAAGCCACAAACACCGAUCUUGGCUCUGUCUUUCCAGGAGUUUCGGCUGGCAGGAGCUCUCAAAGGUCUUUGAAAAGAAACCAUGUAGCCAGUCGUGUCCCAGGCCUCGCUCCUUUCCAGCCCGGCUCGGAGCUGCAACACAGUGGGGGUCCACCCUCUACUGAGACGCUGUAUGCUGUCCUUCGCGAUGUGCCUGGUGAUAUAGCUCCCAGCUUGACUAACACUUCCAAUACAUGGUGGCAGGACUUGCCCACGCAACAGGAAAGCAUAGAAGUCAACGUGCCAAUGCCCUCAGCCCUGGAUGAUGACGAAACAGACGAUGAUCUGGACUUUCAAGUAAGAAAGCCAAUAACAUCAAGGUCUCAACUAACGACGAGCNAGACACAGACGAUACCAGAGCAACUGCAACGGCAGAUGCCUGCUAAUAUAUCUUCUCCAGUCCGCUCGUCCAGACGGAUCCAGAGGCAUAUUGCUGCUAAUGACGAUAGCACCGACGAUGGCCGAGUCGCAUCGUCUCCCCCUCCCCCUCCUGCUCUUCGCAAUUUUCGUCUCCCACAGACGCAAACCCCUGCACCCGACAGCCCGAGCAAAAGCUCCAACACACAGACAAGACGCAUAGGAGCAAUAGGUGGCAGAUCCAGCUCUCAAGCUCUACCACCUUCCUCGCCACCUAAGCCACCCGCAGAUGUCGAACUUGAUCACAACUUGCGCUCAAGAACCAUGCUGUCACCAACUCCAUCCUCGAUUUUGCCUCCUCAGAGCCAAGUGUCUCCCUCACGGAGACGUAGGCUUGGUGGGAUCGGACGUGGCAGCUCACAAACCCAGCAUUCUCAGCCAUCUCUCAGCAGAUGGUCGUCGCAAGCUCCGCCUAUACUCGAAGAAGACCAACAGGACAAUACUGGUCUUGAUUUGGGACUCACGUCUACAGCUCGCGAGAGUCGUGAGGACACGGCUGAGGUUCGGCAGACUCGAGCAAAGCGCAAAGCCAGUGGGGAAGAACCAAUCCCGAGAGAAACAUCGGCGGAGAGAGCCAACAGGAAGAGGCAAGAGUUGAAACACAACGAAAAGUCGAAAGCGCCUGUGAAGAAGAAGAGGCGGUUCUAA